AUGAGCCUGCCCCUGUGCUUCCUGGACUGUGGUCCCGAUAAGGUGCUGGGACCCUCCAUUACGAAGGCCGCCUCUGAAGAAGUUGAAGCCGAAGAGUUCGAAUGUCUUGCCGAGACCAUUCUGCUGAGUGAGAAGUUGAUUCAUGAUUUACAAGACAUGGGCUGUGGCACUUCGUCUUCAAUGAAAGACAAGAAAUGUGAGAAAGCACUAAAAGCCGCGUUGGUCAUCCAGAACUGGUACCGAGGUCAUAGUGCUCAGUUGAAGACCAGACAACGCUAUGCCCUCACCAUCUUCCAGUCCAUCGAAUAUGCUGAUGAACAAGGCCAACUGGAGCUAUCCAACUUCUUCUCCUUCAUGUUGGAAAACUAUACACGUGUAUUUGAGGAAGACCCAGAAUUAGUGACUCACCUUUUUGGCAGCAACAUCCAGGACAAGGAUAGACAGAACUAUUGGGUGUUGAUAGACGUCCCAGACUCCUACUGUGGUCCUCGGCUGCAAUUUCCUCUCACUUUUACUGAUAUUGAUUUACUUAUUGAGGCCUUCAAGCAACAACAGAUACUUCAUGCUUAUUAUGUCUUAGAGGUGCUAUUUGAAACCAAGAAGCUCCUGCAGCAAAUGCCGAAUUUCACUCACAUAAAAACUUCUCCCUCCAAAGAGAUAACAAUCUGUGGUGAUUUGCAUGGGAAACUGGAUGAUCUUUUUUUGAUCUACUCUAAGAAUGGUCUCCCCUCAGUGAGCAACCCAUAUGUUUUUAAUGGUGAUUUUGUGGAUCGAGGAAAAAAUUCCAUGGAGAUCCUAAUGAUCCUGUUUGUGAGUUUUCUGGUCUACCCCAAUGACCUGCACCUGAACAGAGGCAACCAUGAAGAUUUUAUGAUGAAUAUGAGGUAUGGCUUCACAAAAGAAGUUUUGCAUAAAUAUAAGCUACAUGGGAAAAAAAUCUUACAAGUCUUGGAAGACAUCUAUACCUGGCUCCCAAUUGGUACAAUCAUUGACAAUGAAAUCCUGGUCAUACACGGAGGGAUAUCAGAGUCCACGGACUUGAAUUUACUCCACCGUAUAGAAAGAAACAAAUUGAAAUCUGUGCUGAUGCCACCAAUUCCAAUAGAUGGAGACCAUGCUACUGAGAAGGGAAAUAAAGUAGGUACAACCAUUACAGCUCGGGGAAUCAGAACAAAUGGAUCCCUUUCUGAACAAUUAACAAAGCAUGAAUGGGAACAGGUUAUCGACAUUCUGUGGAGUGAUCCGAGAGGCAAAAGAGGCUGUUACCCAAAUACAAGUCGAGGAGGGGGCUGCUAUUUCGGACCAGACAUUACCUCCAAGAUUCUUAAUAAAUACCAGUUGAAGAUGCUCAUUAGGUCUCAUGAAUGUAAGCCCGAAGGGUAUGAAAUUUGCCAUGAUGGGAAGGUUAUUACUGUAUUUUCUGCAUCUAAUUAUUAUGAAGAAGGUAGCAAUCGAGGAGCUUACAUCAGACUGAGUUCUGGUACGCCCCCCCGAUUUUUCCAGUACCAAGUAACUAGGGCAACAUGCUUGAGGCCUCUUUACCAAAGGGUGAAUGCUGUUGAAAGUAGAGCCAUCAGGAUGUUAAAAGAGAGAAUGAUUUCACAAAAAACUGACCUCAUUCGUGUUUUCCAACUUCAAGACAGCAGUAAAUCAG